UUAAAGGAGAUUGGCAGGGUGACUUUCAACAUUCAAUAGUCACCCUGGAGUGCUGUGGUGAAUGACCAAGAGAAUUACUAGUUUUGGGGAGAAGAGAAUGUAUUUAGUCACCAGCAAUCCUUUGAUCUUCUUCAAAGCUGAAGUUCUCAUCACCAAUUAGAACAAUAUCUAAUUCAGAUGACAAAUGUGUCCUCCUUGAAUGUUUUUCUCCUGUGGGUAGUGGGGAAAGAAAGUUAAAAACACAGAAAGGAGUGAUAGCAGAAAGAAAGGAAAGAAGGCAAAGGGAGCAAAUGUGGAGACUAUAAAAGAGAAAUAGAGAAGAAAACCAAGAGGAAAAAAAGACCCUAGACAACAAAAAUCAGAGGGAGUUGGAGAAAGCAGAGAGAGACAGAGAAAAACUGACUUAUUACUGAGAAAAGCUUCUCUCCUUGACAAUUCUAGAUCCAGAUGUCAAUCAUGGCUCAGAGCAUGGAGAGGAGGCAGCAGAUACGCAGAGCAUGAUCCUGGAGGAGCAGGUGUUCAGCCCGAUGGGAGUCCCAGUCCCGGUCGUCACCGCCUCUGCCCUGGCAUAUUUCAUCCAGCUUCCUGGGGCAAGAUGUGAAGAGAACUGUGCCAAUCCUGAACAUUGCCUGACCACAGACUGGGUACAUCUCUGGUAUAUAUGGUUGCUGGUGGUGAUUGGCGCGCUGCUGCUCCUGUGUGGCCUGACCUCAGUGUGCUUCCGCUGCUGCCUGGGUCGUCAGCAACAAGGCGAAGACGGGGGCCAGCUGCCCUACGAAGUGACAGUCAUCGCUUUUGAUCAUGACAGCACCCUUCAGAGCACUUUUACUUCCCUGCAGUCAGUGUUUGGCCCUGCAGCUCGGAGAAUCCUGGCUGUGACUCGCUCCCACAGCUCCCUGGGCCAGCUGCCCUCCUCACUGGACACCCUCCCAGGGUAUGAGGAAGCUAUUCACAUGAGUCGCUUCACAGUAGCAAGGUGUGGGCAGAAAGCACCUGAUCUACCCUCAGUGCCAGAAGAAAAGCAGAUAUCUCCUGUGGAGAAGGAAUCUCCUCAAAUACAACAGCCUUUCCACUGAUGGGAACUAGGAUUUUAUUCCUGGGGACUGAGUACAAAAUGCCUGGGUCCCUGAGCAUCCCCAGACAAAUAGAACAUUUUAUUUUCUAACUCCUAGAAGGAUUAGUAUAGCAUCUAAUUAUUAGUAUAUGCAAAAAGAAGUGUUCUAAUUCUUUAUUCCCAGCCACAUACAUUUUCUGAUAUGGCAUUCUCUAAUCGGGAACUCAUUAUUUCCCCCCAGUGGCCAAAAUUUGUACCUCUUACUGUGUUGUGUCAAAACAAGGAAAGUAUCAAGUUGUCUUGAAUUCCUUUAUCUAUUAAGUGCAUAUAAAAUUCCAAUACCUCUAUGAUACUGCAAGUUGCUUUUCUUUCUGAUGGAUAAGAGACUGGUAAACUUCAAAAGAAACAGUGUACAUAUAGCAAUCAACAUGAAUGCACUGAACACAUGCACUUUUUCUCCCAGGAGAACAACCAAUUUCAUGCUGCCUGACAAUAAUACUCACACGAUCACCUAGAAUUCAGGGGUGGGAUUGGAAGUAUAGACUAAGAAUAAGAGAACAUAUUACAUAGUAUGUGCUUCCCACUCAUAGUUUCUUUCACUGUUGUCCCACUCACCAUAAGCAUGAAAAACUUUGCUGAAUACAAUAGCAGCACCACUAAUUCUAACACGCUAAGAGAAUAGCAUUGACUUGCUUCUUUCCUCCCUUCUGCUUGAGCCACUUAUAGCCAAAUGUCUGCAUUGACUCACACUAGUCUCUAAUGGUGGCCCUCACUGCCACCUGGUGGAGCCAUGGUGGAAAACACAUUCUCUCCCUUGAGCCCAUCUUCUGAGUUCUCUGAUUGCUAAGUGAACUAAACCUGGAUGUGAUCCCUCCCACAGUGCCAUCCUGUUGAGUAGUGCUAAGCUACCCUCAUGACAUACUACCUCCCAAAAGUACUUUUAUUGAAAAAAAAAAUUGAGGAAGUGAACUGUAGUUGCAGAAAAACUACUUGCCUUAAAAUGUUACUAAAAUUGUUAAGACAUAGUUUUCUCUUCUUAAAAUACUGAACAAUAACACCUCACAGGAUUAUCAGGAGGAUCUAAGAAGCUAAACAUAUGUGACAUAACUUGUAAAGUACCAUGCACAUGUUCCUGUUAGUAUUCUUACUAUUGUCAUCUAAUCUUCACCUACCUGCUAGGAUUCCACUGAGAAUUAUGUUCUGGUUUGUUCUUUUGCCAUCCAGCUUUGCUAUUGUAAAGUAGCUUUAUUUUAUCAAUAAACAUUUGUUGUAUAAAA